GCAGAAGAUGGUAAAAAAAGGGAACCAUCAGUCAAAUUGAUUCGAGGAGAGAGAGCGCAAGGCAUAUGCUCGUGUCGCGAUUCGAUCAUACACAAGAAUAUGCUCUCGUCGAAUUAAUAUCACAAGCUCUGCGCUUGAUGGAUCCCUUCGCCUCUAAUUAGGGGUGGACCGGAGUUUUCUGGUCUGCUAGUUGCAGAUCCAUGACCAUGGAGGAGAUCAAGGAGCCGCUGAUGGGGGACGAGGAGAUGCCUCCUCUGCUGGAAGACCAGGAGACCGACGCCAAGCCUCGCCGCAUUGCUCUCUUCGUUGAGCCCUCUCCCUUCGCUUAUAUCUCUGGAUACAAGAAUCGCUUUCAGAAUUUUAUCAAAAAUUUGCGUGAAAUGGGGGAUGAGGUUAUAGUUAUAACAACCCAUGAAGGUGCGCCUCAAGAAUUCCAUGGUGCAAAAAUUAUUGGUUCUAGAAGCUUUCCAUGCCCAAUGUACAACAAUGUUCCUCUUUCAUUGGCCCUCAGCCCAAGAAUCAUUUCAGAAAUUGCAAAGUUCAAGCCUGAUAUUAUCCAUGCAUCUUCACCAGGAAUCAUGGUAUUUGGUGCUCUGGCAAUUGCCAAGAUGCUCUCCAUUCCUAUAGUAAUGUCAUACCACACUCAUAUUCCAAAAUAUAUACCCAGAUAUACAUGGGGUUGGUUUGUCGAGCCCAUGUGGAUGGUAAUAAGGUUCCUUCAUAGAGCUGCUGAUCUUACUUUGGUACCUUCAGCUGCCACUAUUAAAGACCUCGUAGCUAAUAAUGUCACAGAAGCUCAUAAAAUACGACUUUGGAAUAAGGGUAUUGAUUCCAAAAGCUUCCAUCCUCGUUAUUGUAGUAGUGAAAUGCGUGCGAGGCUCAGCAACGGGCAACCAGAAAAACCACUAUUAAUCCAUGUUGGACGUAUAGGAAGAGAAAAAAAUUUGGAUUUUCUCAAAAGGGUUAUGGACAGGCUACCGGGAGUAAGAAUUGCAAUUAUAGGAGAUGGACCAUACAGGGCUGAACUAGAGAAGUUGUUAUCAGGUAUGUCUGCUGUGUUCACGGGCAUGCUUCAAGGUGAGGAGCUAUCGCAGGCGUAUGCCAGCGGGGAUGUGUUCGUGAUGCCUUCGGAGUCCGAGACCCUUGGCCAAGUUGUGCUGGAGUCCAUGUCAUCAGGCACUCCCGUCGUCGCAGCUCGUGCAGGUGGGAUUCCCGACAUCAUACCGGAGGACCAUGAAGGAAAAACCAGCUUCCUCUUCUCGCCAGGUGAUCUAGAUGAUUGUGUGCACAAGGUCGAGCAGCUACUCUCCCGCAAUGAUUUCAGAGAAGCCAUGGCUAAAGCAGCACGCGAGGAGAUGGAAAAGCACGAUUGGGGAGCAGCUACAAGGGUCAUUCGCAAUGAGAAUUAUAACGCAGCAAUCUGGUUCUGGAAGAAGAACGAGUCCCAUAUUAUUGGGCCCAUCCAGUCGUUUGCCAGAUGGCUAUUCGGGUCACCUGAAAACACUUGCAAUUGAAGAAGUAAUUCCAAGGCAGUUAUUGUCUUAGAAAAGCUUGGAAGUCAAUGCGAGUAAUAGGCUUAUUGGACAAAUAAUUAGUCCCUUUUUGUACAUUAUAAUUUAGGGCAACAAGACUAGCUUGUAUAGAGACAGUGAAUCGAGAUUAUUUUUCUUGUUUGGCGAUUUUUAAA